AUGGCACCGAAAGCUGCCAAAGCUGUUGGAAAGGCACCUUCCAAAGUUGCAGGCAAGGCCCCGGCGAAGCCAGCGGCGAAGCCCGCCACGCGGGGAAAAUCGCCCGCUCCGCCUUCUCCACCCCCGCCACCCACGGAAGAUUCGGCUAAGAAGCUGCCGGAGCCGGCGGAUGCUGAGACCCUGAGUGCCAAGCAAGCCGAGGAGCUGCUGGCAGGCCUGAUGCCAGAGGCAGUCAUCGCCCUUGCCGAGACGGCAGAUGAAGCUGAGCAGCUGCCAGCUCGCAUGGCACUCGAAUACGUAGGUGACAAAGACCUCAGCUGGGCCAAUGCGCAAAGUUCCCUGAGGACAGGCAGCCAGCUGUUGAAGGAGAUGCUGGAGAUGCAGUCUGGUGAGUUCAUCACCAGGCAAAGCUAUCAGAGGUUUCAGGAACUUGGCCGUCCUGACCUCGCCGUUUUGCGGGGCAAGAACAGAGCCGCUUACGUGCUGGCUCUCUUCCUGCAGGCCUGUCUUCGUGAGGCUCGCGAUCGUUUAGGACUGGAACCUCCUCCACCUCCUCCGCCGGAGCUGCCAGAUGAGCCUCCGCAGUGGCCCCUCGUCAUCGGCUUCAAGGAGUUGCCCGUGCGGAUUUCGGAGGCUGCGCGCUGGAGCAGAACAGUGCUUCUUGUGUGUAACGGCCACGCCAAGGAAGCCGACACGUUCCUGACCUAUUCUGCGUAUGUGCAAAUUGAUGCGAAAUGGGUCAUGGGAGAGACUAUGAUCAGAAAAUCCAUAAGCAUUGAGGACAUGCGAGAGGACCUGCGAAGGAGGGUGGUGAACGCCAUGAAACAUGGACUGCCAGUGCACAUUGCCAUGGCAAACACGGCAGUGGCCUUCAACAGCACAUUUUGCGCGGAGCUCACGUUUCCACGUUCGGUGUUCAACUUCGGGAUGUUUAGAGGUGACCCGGAAGGCAGGGAGCCGGGCGAGUACAAGAGCAUCAUUCGAGAGUCGGAUCUGGAGGAUUGGCCCGGCAGCUUUCCUGGUCGUAUGAAGGACGGGUUCUAUGUGGUAGUCACGACGGACUUUGACCUCGAAUCGGCUCGAGAGUUUCUGCCUGCAGCUUUACCCUACUUCGAUGACAUGGCCAUUCUGGAAGUGGACCCUGCAUCCUUCACCUAG